AUGCCGUUCCGCGAGAGGGUCAAAAGGGCUUUUCGACGCAGUUCAGACAACCCAAAGAACUCAAAACCCAAGGUUGAAUACUACCGUCGAGGCGAGUGCCCGCGCUCCAAGUACCGCGGGCCUGUCGAUCCGGAACACCGACGGAAAUUGUACGACUGGACUUUUGCGGCGGCUACUGCUGACCGUCGUCGGUCGUUUGAUCUGGACUUGUCGCCUUGCACCAGUCUUCCGGACAGUCCUCAACAUGAUGAUAGUGACAAUGUCGUGCACGAGGAUGCUGUUCCUGAGCCUGAGGUAGCCAGGGGUCCACACAUUCAGAUAAUGGGUUCCAUCACCGUUGCCCACCACGAAGAAGCUCCUUCGGGAUCCUUCGACACCAGCUCCGACCAGUCUACUGCUGUCAUGUCGAGUUGCAGGUCAUCAUCGCUGACCUUGAAAGACAGCUGGGAUUGGCCGGCAACCCGGCGCGGGGCGGUUUCUCCGCUGAAACAGUCCCCGAGCUUCACGAGUCAGGAGAAGCGUAGAAUUUCAGCACCAGAGAAGCGGCUGCCCUUCGACCCGCAGGAUCUGCGUUCAGCAUUGACUGCUGUCCGUCUUGUGUCGUGA